AUGAAUUUCUUCAAAUCCGUCAUCGAUGAAGAUACAGCACCACCCAACAACCCAAGCUCCGACAACCCUGACCCGGAACCGGAACAGGAACCGGAACCGGAACCGGAACCUUCAACCUUAAACCUCGCGUGGUCCUUUGACUCGUUAAUCAAAACCAUAUCAACUAAAUCAGAAUCCAUCAUCCAAACAUAUAAAAAAGACCUCCAAGAAUUACGAUCCGGUUUUAACAAAGAAACCGCCGUCAUACGCCACGUCGCUUCACGCGCUGUCCACGACCUCCCAGCUUCUUUUGAAUCCGGCGCCGCCGUCGCUCAACACUCCCUCGAGUCCGUCGGCCAAGUCAUUGAUGAUAUCGGAUCCACCGUUUGGAAUUCAACGGCCCAGAUCAUCUCUCACGGUAAGGACUCCGUUUUCUCAGCCGUUGAUCAUCAUCGUGAUUUGAAUGAUGAUAGUGAUGCAAGUAGUUCGACUAAACGACACCAUUUGGGCUUGAAGUACAGUCGUUUCGAUGCUCAAGUGCGUGCGUUGCAAUGUGAUUUGGAUACUUAUUGUUCUGAACCGGGGGACAAGGAAGAUUAUGAGAAAUGGGAGUCGGAGGGUUUUGUGUUUGAAGAGAAAAAUGAAGAGAUUAAGAGAUUAAUCAGCGAAAAUGAGGUUGUUAAUCAAAUUUAUUGCAAGGUUGUGCCUAGUAAGGUUGAUGAUCAAAGUUUUUGGAGCCGGUAUUUUUAUAGACUGUUUAUGCUAAAACAAGCAGAGGAAGCAAGGGCAUUGCUUGUUAAAAGAGCGAUCUCCGGUGAUGAAGAGGAGGAUUUAAGCUGGGAUUUUGAUGAUGAUGAUGAUGAUAAUGAGGAGGAGGAGGAGGGUAAUGGGUUUUUGUCGAAAGGUGAAUCAAAUAAGAAGAGUGUAAUUGAGAAGGAAAUUGAGGAGAGGGAAGAUGGUGGUUUGCCCUCACUCCGAUCGCCUAACAAAAGCAUGGAUACGUUGGAGGAGAAGGGGGGUAAUGGUGGAUCGUGUAAAGACAGUGAUGUGUCCAUCGUUUCAAGCCAGUCGUUGCAGGAGGAAGAUCUUGGCUGGGAUGAGAUUGAAUAUAUUGGGAGUAAUGAUGAGAGCAAGGUGGAAGCUGCUGAGAACACAGCAAGUGCUGGUACAAGUAGAGGGGAAUUGCAUAAUCGGUUUGGAAGUGCAGAAGAAGAGGACUUGAGUUGGGAUGUUGAAGAUGAAGAUGAAGACGAAGUUGAUUUGCCUGUAAAGUAAUUAUGAUGAGGUACACUUUGCACUGUGGUUGCUGAGUAUCUUACUGCACAUUAUGAUGAGGUACACUUGCUUGUCAAUUUUAUGAUUCUAGAUAGAUAUAGGGAGACCAAUCUUGAUUGAAAUGUUACUUAAAAUUUGUUGAUCUACAUAUGUUAGUUAAAGAAUACCCAGAAUGUGCUUUGAACAAGAACCUUUUUUGUGAUGAUUAAUGAAUUAUACGACAAUGUGCAAGUUGUGGAAA